UUAAAAAUCAUUUUCAGUUUAAAUCAAUUCACUGCAACAACGAAGCGUUUAGAAUUUGCUACCGCUCUGAUUCGUAAGUCUAACUGGAUUCUUCUCCAUGGCAACGGCAGAUGAGGCUCAUGGGUACUGUAGUUGAAACAUGGGGUCCUAACAUAAACCUAUAUGAUCGUUACAUUAUUUGGAAGAGUCCUGUCUUCCUAUGUUAAGGAAAACUGAGGACACUGAUGAAAGAAAAAGUUUAAAUGGGAAUACUGAAAGGAGAAAACACCCCCACCCACCGACACUUCGCAACUCUGACUGACCUCGCUCGAAGGGAUUCAUCAAGCCAGCCAGUCAGAGUGCUUCUACGGAAAUUCUGUUGGCUCAAACCAGUGUUAAACCCUUCGCGAUCAGCGAUCUCGACAGUCUCACAUUUUUCCAAUGGCGAGAUAAUGACGAGAAUGGGGCCGCUAUUCAAGGCAAAAGAAAAAACUGCUGAACUUGUCGAUCGGCGUUGAAGGUUGCUGAUUGUCGAUAGCAACGGAAAGCUUGAUUAUCUGUGGGAGCAGCGGCAGAGAACGGUUCAGGUGGCGGCUUCAAGGAGACUGCUGUGAUGCUACGUAGGCAACUGGAAGAAAAGGGCUUUUCUACCAUGAGAGAGUGUGUGUGAGCCCGGUUUUCUGGUGACAUAGGAGCUCUACUGAUCCGGUUUUUGUUGAUAUUAUUUAAUUUUUUUAUUUUGUGUAUUGGUUAUUUUGUAAUUGUUUUUUUACAGACACGCUGUUUUAGGAUACAGUGCGGAUACACAGCGAGCUGGUGAACUUUUGGGGAAUGGCAGGUCGAAGCCGAAGAGCAUGGUUUAGUGUUCUGUUGGGACUGGUUGUCGGGUUUACACUGGCUUCCAGACUAAUUUUACCCAAGGCGACCGAGUUGAAGAAAGCUGGACAAAAACGUAAAGCUAACCCUGCCGGGUGUGGGUUGAACGGGGGUCUCAGAAAGGAAUACGGCGGAGUACUAUGGCCACCGCAAGAUAACGGUUCACCGGCGACCGAGAAACCUGGCUCCAGGUCCAGUAAUUUCCUGUUCGUUGGUGUCAUGACUGCCCAGAAGUACCUGAACAGUCGCGCCGUGGCGGCACAUAGGACGUGGGCACAAACAGUUCCAGGUCGCGUGGAGUUCUUCUCCAGUGAGGGCUCUGACACCUCCAUACCCAUUCCUAUAGUGGCUCUGAGGAAUGUGGAUGACUCGUACCCACCCCAGAAGAAGUCUUUCAUGAUGCUCAAGUAUAUGCAUGACCAUUACCUGGACAAGUACGAGUGGUUUAUGAGGGCCGAUGACGAUGUCUACAUUAAGAGUGAGAAGCUGGAGAGCUUCCUGCGCAGCCUCAACAGCAGUGAGGCCAUCUUUCUGGGCCAAACAGGCAUGGGGGCCCGUGAUGAGCUGGGGAAACUGGCUCUGGAGCCUGGGGAAAACUUCUGCAUGGGAGGGCCAGGGGUCAUCAUGAGCCGCGAGGUCCUCAAGAGGAUGGUGCCCCACAUCCGAGAGUGUCUACAGGAGAUGUACACCACCCAUGAGGACGUGGAGGUGGGCCGGUGUGUCAGGAGGUUUGCCGGGGUCCAAUGUGUCUGGUCCUAUGAGAUGCAGCAGCUCUUCUAUGAGAACUAUGAACCAAAUAAGAAGGGCUACAUACGAGAUCUCCAUAACAGCAAGAUCCAUCGAGCCAUCACCCUCCACCCCAACAAGAACCCUCCCUACCAGUAUCGCCUACACAGCUAUAUGCUCAGCCGCAAGAUAGCAGACCUGCGCCACCGAACCAUUCAGCUCCACCGGGAGAUCGUCCAGAUGGGGCGCUACGGAGCGGCUGAGCCCAGCCGAGAGGACCUCCAGCUCGGCAUGCCACCCUCAUUUAUGCGCUUCCACCCACACCAGAGAGAGGAAGUCCUGGAGUGGGAGUUUCUGACAGGGAAGUACCUGUUCUCAUCAUCUGAUGGUCAGCCACCCCGCCGUGGGAUGGAUUCCUCCCAGAGGCAAGCCCUGGAUGACAUUAUCAUGCAAGUGAUGGAGAUGAUCAACGCCAAUGCCAAGACACGGGGGCGGGUCAUUGAUUUCAAAGAAAUUCAGUACGGCUACCGGAGGGUAAAUCCCUUAUACGGGGCAGAGUAUGUGCUGGAUCUGCUGCUGCUAUACAAAAAGCACAAAGGAAAGACAAUGACAGUUCCUGUGAGGAGGCACGCCUACCUGCAGCAGACCUUCAGCCAGAUCCAGUUCAGAGAGGAGGAGGAGAUGGAUGCCAGAGCUCUAGCCAGCCACAUCAACAAGGAGUCAGACUCCCUCUCAUUUCUGUCUAACUCCCUCAAGAUGCUGGUUCCCUUCAAGUUGGCUGCGUCUGGCCAGGACCAGAGGAAACCAAAAGAGAAGAAAGUCAACAUCUUGGUACCUCUGUCAGGACGCUAUGACAUCUUUGUGCGCUUCAUGGCCAACUUUGAACGAGUUUGUCUGAUCCCCAAUCAGAACGUCAAGCUGCUGAUCCUGCUCUUCAGCACAGAUAACAACACAGAGCGGGUCAAGCAGGUGGAGCUGAUGAGGGAGUAUCACAUGAAGUAUCCCCGGGCUGAGAUGGAGAUAAAGCCUGUCGCUGGUUCCUUCUCCAGGGCUCUGGCUUUGGAAGUGGGUUCCUUGCACUUCUCUAACGAUUCACUACUCUUCUACUGUGACGUGGAUCUGCUCUUCACCAGCGACUUCCUCAAGCGAUGUCGGACCAAUACUGCUCUGGGGGAGCAGACCUACUUCCCCAUCAUCUUUAGCCAGUAUGACCCCAAGGUUGUGUACGCUGGGAAGAUACCUAGCAACAACCACUACGUCUUCACCUCCAAGACAGGCCUGUGGAGGAACUACGGCUUUGGGAUCGUCUGUGUCUACAAGGGAGAUUUGAUCCGAGCUGGAGGCUUUGAUACCUCCAUACAGGGGUGGGGAUUGGAGGACGUGGACCUUUUUAAUAAAUUUGUCCAGUCAGGGAUUAAGUUGUUUAGAAGCACAGACAUGGGGAUAGUGCAUGUCCACCACCCUGUCAUAUGUGACCCUAACCUUGAGGCAAAGCAAUAUAAGAUGUGCCUGGGCUCCAAAGCCUCGUCACACGGCUCCACCCAGCAGCUGGCCGAGCUCUGGCUGGAGAAGAACGACCACGGCUUCAGGAGACUGGCCAGCAAUAACGGCUCAGUUAGGACAGCGUGAGAAAAGCUGGGCUGCAGACUGUCAAAAGUGGUGUUUUCACUACCUAAUUUAUUUUUUACUGAAAUUAAAGACUGAAUUCUAUUUUGAAAAUAUGUCUCUCUUUUUUAAAAGAAAAUAUACAGUAACGUAAUGAUGAACAAUUCAUAGACAUAGUCUGGGUUCUAGUAUGGAAGUACAUGUUUUGAUUAAUGAUGGAAGGAAUAUUGACCAAUAUUCUUGUGUGAGCCUGAUUACAGCAGGGGCCUGAGGCUUCUCUAGCCUGUUACAUGUUAUCUGUCAGGACAGUGGGAGGCAGGGGUUAUUAAUGUGUACCUCAGUGAAGUACACCGUUGUGGUCCUUAAAUAUUCCAUUUGUCUUGUGUGCAGAAAACAGACUGGUGUCCACGUACUCUCCGACCAGCAGUGCUCAAAACAUAACUCAACUCUUGAUAGUGAAUGUUUACAAAAGACUGAUUCUAAACAGCAUUUCAUCAAUAAAAACUCAUGUCACAACUAUCUCAAUUAUUACUGAGGGCCAUUUUAUUUGAUUUCUUUGAUUUACAGUGGUUUUCUCUUCCAUUUUCUUUUAUGGUUUUGGUAAUAUGACACAACACUGUUACUGUUUCUCCAGGAUUUUUUGUAUUUUUCUUUUAUUAUUAAUUUCUGUGAACCCAACUGCUGGAUUUUAUAUCUGCAAUUCAUCUUUUGCUGUCUAAUUUAUUGAAUUUGCAGGCUCCAUUUUCUACUCUCUCUGACUGUUGAAAUAUGUAUAUUGGAAAGAUUGUAUAACCAUGUUAGUUGUGGGAUAGUGUGUUAUUUUUCAUGUUCCUUUUCUUAAACUCAUUAUCACCAAAGAGUUUUGCACACAGUCUGCUUUAGGUAUCGUGUGUGUGUGUGUGUGUGUGUGUGUGUGUGUGUGUGUGUGUGUGUGUGUGUGUGCGCGUGGGCAUGGGUGGUGUUAUGUAGGCACAAACAUGAAACUGGCUGUAUAAUGGAGAAUAAACACAAAAGCUCUAUCUAUCCCAGGCCUUUCUGAUGGAUGAAGUGAGAACCAGUCUGGCCUUUAUUCCAGUGGGUUGAAAUGGGAGCAGCACUCUGGUUUGCCAGCUCAAGUCACACAUCACUGUCCCUUUUGAUAAAUUACUUUCUUUUAUGUUGAAAUAAAAAGUGUUGUGGCUGGUCCCAGUCUACAGAGGUGUGGCUUCAGUGCUGAUUCCAUUGAGCUGUGAUGUGAAAACCCAGAUUGCCUGAUCCUGUGUUAUAGGUUUGAUGGCAGAACAUUUUCUCAUGGCAGGCCUGAAUCACUGCCCUGCUACUGCCUCUGUUGUUUAUAUGGAUGUACUGUACGUUGUAGCACUCCAUCGGGUUGAUGCUCUUCUUUCAGUAUUACAACAUGACUGGCUGAUUUUAAGACUGAUGUAACAUGAAUGACUGUGCUGUCAUCAUAGUGUUUUUUAUUAUCUGACUUUUUUUGUAAUUUUUGUUCUUUCAACUCUGUCCAACUGGGCAAGGUUUUCUAUUUAAAAAGAAAUAAAGUGGGGGGGAGGGGAGUAUCAAAAUCUA